AUGCGUUACUCCGUUCCUUUAUUUGCUUUUUAUGUGUUGCCAUCUCUGGCAUCGCCCAUUGCCUUGCCGGUAACACCCAAUCCAAACCAUCCCCGAUCCAUCGUUAAGAGGCAGUGUGGCAUCGCAGAAUGGGACUCUACCAACGUCGCGAACUGGAAUGCUGCACAAACCGAUCAGUUCUUGAACACUUGGUGGUCCGGCUACCUUGACCAGAACACGCCCAACGGGUGGUCCAAGAACUUCGCCAACCUUUUCGGCCGCAUGUACCUCAACAACGCGGAAAAGUACCAGUGCUCAAAAACAGCCGAUGUCUGCUUUGGUGAUCUCAACUGCGACCAGCUCAAGUGCUCAGGCGACUGGUCUGUUGGCUGCGCGGACAAGGAUGCCGGCCGCCCAGUCUACCUCACCAUGUCCGCCCUCCAGGGCAUGCAGGACUAUUUUGCGGAGUACAUCCAGGUCCUGGACGAGAGUCAGUUGAACUUCCAGGCAAUGAGCGCCUAUCUCGCCGAUAACUUCUUCGACAAGCCCGAGAAUGCCAGCGUCGAUUUCAUCAACCAGUUUUUCAUUGCGCUCGCCUCGGUCUUCUCCAUCACAGGAGCCUACUCAAAGCUCAUUCCCCUCAUUGCUGGAAGCAAUGUUCUCAAAGAGUCCGCUAGUGCGAUAGCAGCUCUUCUCGGAGGUGUCGGCAAUGGAUACAGGAAUACCGUCAAGGCCCCUGCUUCGCAGACAUUCAGCAACUUCGCCAAUCUCGGCCAAUACAUGGGAAACAUCUUCGAGAAGGUACGAUCCCAGUUGAACGACAUGCAGUUCAACCUCGCCACUGGAAAGCAGUGGGAGGGUAAGACCUUCAAGGACUAUGCCGUGGGUGGCCUCUUCCUCCCAGGUCCCGGUGCACAGGUCGGAGACGGUAGUACCGGAGACUCUCCAACUAAGCUCCUCCGCCAAUUCUUGACGAAACAAUUCACUGCUCGUGCUAUCAACUACAUCUGGCGCACCCAGAAGAUCUAUAUUACCUAUACCACCGACGUUGACGGCAGCUGCUCGGAAGACAAGCAGGGACCCCAAGACCACAAGUACUGCCGCGAUGGUGACCCCGGUGUUUACUACUUGUACUGGUGGCACCAGAAGGCGGUCGGCGCCGGCCAGACCGUAGGCACUGACAGCUUCGACACCGGUAAAUUGGAUAUGCCCAUUGGCGCUGACAAACUUGAUGCCGGCUGGAUCGAAGACGGCUACAAGAUAGAGAUCAAGGACAUCUUCGAGGCUUCAAUCGCUGCCUGGUCGGUCGCCGGCUCCAACUACGACGGACAGAACUCCGUGGACAGAGCCGUAGAUGCCGUAGCAAAGCAGUGGGCCCAGCCUUGGGAUGUCGGUGCGUCUUGGGAGGGCACCUUCACCAUCCCCGUCUGCAACACUGGCAAUGUAUCCUACAACGUUCCGUACGGGCAGCGCAUCAUGCCUUGCAACUGCGGAGGCGAUGGAUCCCAGGUCGAUGGCUUCAGGCAAAACUCUAACAUGAACGGUUACGGAGUGUACGACGAACAAUGUACGGCCGAGAAGCAGAAGGAGCGUAUGCAAUACCGCACAGGCACCGACAAGCCUGGUGCUGACCCGCCCACCGGUGGCCCCAACUUGCCCCUCUUGGUCAACGAGGUUCAAUGCUUCGAAAAGGGAAGUCCUACUGAGGUCAUGGUUGCCCUACGCCAGAAUUGCCAAAACAUGGUCGCUGCCCUCGGCGACGAUGACAACAAAGAGCUGCAGGCUUCGCAAUGUGCUGAUGGCCAGGGAGCGACCGAGUCUUGGGGAGGGUGGUGCCGUGUUGCCAUAGAUGCGAAUGGCAUCCAUGACUGUGCGCUUACUGUGUCAUGGAGAGAUGAAUCGCACGGUGGUAUUUUUCCCCCUACUAUCAAAGUUGGCGACGUGAAGAAGUUCUUCAAUACGGCAGACGCUCAACCUGAUGCUGGUGGCAAGGGUUGCCAUAAGGUCGGAACACCAGACCUCGGUGCGACUUUUGUAGUCCCAGAGGCUAAUUCGAGAUGGUGCCUUGGUAGCUACGAUAAUGCCAAAUUCUGUACCAUCUGA